AUGCAGCCAAAUGCACAAAAACAAAUCGAAGACAUCAGGCACAUGCGCUCCAUUUCGUGUGCACUCAAGUCGACUGGCAUCAAGAAUAGUCGGGUGGCAUGCCACAUCCUGCUACUAGUGGCUUGCAUUGUCAACAUCCUCAUGAGCAUGUCUUCAAAGUGGCACGACCUUGAGAGUCGCAUUCUCUGCCUGAGAGACCUGCAGAGUCUGCUGCUCAUUCUGAUCUAUUUCAUUAUUAUGGGCCAGGAUGGGCGAGUGCUCGAGAAAUUCUGCGAUAUCAUGGACGAACAGUUUUCCGGCCGAAUCGAGAUUCAGCAAUUUGAUGAGAUAAACAGGAACUUCAGAGUUGCUAACAGCUUGAAUGUGAAGAAAUACUGUCGCAACUUCUUAAUAUUUUUGUUGGUUCGUAAUUCGGCCAUGGCAUUUGUGCCGAUGAUCUAUUCGAUUUUGCUGGUGAUUUCCGCGGUGAUGAAAGAUGACUACGAGAAACUGAACCACCUACCAGUCAUCAUCAACUUCCAUUACCCUGAACGACACGCCUGCUGGCAACUGCAACUGGCUCUCAAUCUUUUCGCUACUUAUUUCUAUGUGAUAAACAUAUUUCUGUCAUAUAUUUUCACUAUGAGUGGUAUCUUCAUAUUCCAUAACAUCAGUUACCACUUCGAGCUACUUUCUUCAUACAUUCAAGAAUUUGAUAAGCUGGAAUUAUUGGAAGAUAUCAGACUCAAAUUUAUGAUGAAACAAUUGACUGCAUACCAUCAGACUAUACUCAGAAUUCAUUCGAGCUUCGACGAGCACUGUCGAUUUCUAAUAUUUGGCUUCAGUUUUGCUGUUACAUUCCAAGCUUGUACGUACAUCUACAGCAUUGUGGAGAUGAGAGAAUCAAAAUAUGUCAUCCAGCUAUCUUUUGCGUUGGUUCUGCUUUACGCGUUUUCUAUAUACGGACAAAAAAUUGUUGAUGCGGGCGAACUUGUGAAUCAAUCAAUUUACGAAUGCAACUGGACUGAGAAGCCUUUGUGGUAUAAGAAACACUUAUUGAUCAUGCUUAUUCGAUCAUCUCAAAGUAUUGAAUUCCAUUGUUUUGAAUUGGUGUCAGUGAAGAACACAUUUUUCAUGAAGGUGCUGCAAACGACUUAUACGUACUUCAAUUUCCUGAAAGAUACCAACAAAUGAAGUUUCUCCAUUAGAUGAUGAGCCGUUACAUAGAAACUCUAUCCUAGAACUGUUGGAUUUAUUGUUUCUACAUUUUCUUUGGGAUAUAGAUGUUUGUAAAAUAUUUUGAUACUGUCAA